AUGGGAUCGUACAACUGUACAUGCAAAGAAGGAUACUAUGGAGAUGGAAAUAUGUACCGUUUGGGUAACAUUUCUCCUGCUGUAUUUCUUAAACUAGUUUUUGUACUGUUUCUGUCUGUUUAGACUACUGUAAUGAAAAGUUCGGUUAUAAUAAUUAUGUAUAUCGAGAUGUAGGUACAUAUAGCAAAUCGAUAAAAACUUCGACAAAUGCCUUGUUAGAAACUACCGAGAAUUCAAACUAAAAAUAAGCUAACUUCUUUAUGGAUGUGAAAACGCUUGCCUGCGUAGAUAGCAGUCUUAUGGUGUGCAUUUGAAGCAUCGAGCAGCUUGAGUGAAAACGGCGAGGCCGCGGUGGUUUGAAAUGCUGCUUAAAUUAGCGGCUCCGCUGCUUUUAUUUUCAUCUAGCGCAUUAGACACCGCUAACAAUGCAAGCCACGAAAACACGAGUGACGAGGUCGCAAUUACUUCGAUCCGUUUCACGUAUUUAGUGUCUGGACUAAUUACAAAGCUCACCAAAAACCCAUGGAGAAUAUCACAAAUGAAAGGAGUUGAUAACUUUCGUAAUAAUGUAUGAUUCAUAUCUGUUAUUUCUCCCUAAUUGGCGACCAAUUACACUUUGAACUUGGACUUGAACAUUAGAUAUGUACCAGUCUAGAUGUAACUUUUCACAUUAGAGCAUUUUAAAACACUUUAAAGGAUUAUUGCUGCUUAGAUGUCUUUUCUUUUUUUCAGCUUUAACGUGUAAGGAAAUUUUCGACCGGAAUGUGUAAGUCAAUUAUUCACUGACAAAAACAGAGCAGAAUUUAAUAGGAGAAUACGAAAAUAACAGUACCACGAAUAAUAAUAAUCCUGAAACUAAUAUUGCGCUAAGCAUAGCAACCUUGAUCAUAAACUUCCACAUUGGCUUCUCCCUUGAAAGGAUCGUCUCAUCGAAAAGUACUUUGUGUCAGAAUGUAUGAAAGCGUGGGCCCUUAUCAAGUUUUUAACUGAUUCUCUCCUUUAAAGAAGAUUAUUUUUUUUUAUAGAAAUAUGUUUUUCGUCGGGUCAUGAGCGUGUGAAAAAAAUUCUGAGUCCUCACGAGGAAUCGAACCUCAGACCCUCAGAUUCUGUACUUCGAUGCUCUACCACCAAGCCACAGAGUCUCUACGAUGAGCGAGGUCUAUUACGAAGUUCAUAUUACACGCGUCCUGCAUACUGCUAGGAUUAGCAAUGUAGAUAGCGUCAUGUUUUGUGAACAGAAUAAGAAUUAUGAGCUCAAAACUUACCACCUCUCUUAUUCUAUUUUUUAUUGAGUAGAUCGAUCAAGAGCGGUGAGGUUACCCUGGACUUAGACUCAAAGCCAAUUUCUAUUUUCUGUUACGUGGGAGACUGCGGAGAUGGAGGAUGGACGCUGAUCAUGAAGAUUAAUGGCAAUAAGGUAACAAUUUAUCCGCGAAGAAAUCCAUUGUGGAGAAAGGACAGUGGAGAGAAGGGACAAAGGGGAUGGCCAAAAUCUGCGGCUUCUUCUCUGAUGAAACAUCAAGGGUCGUCACGAGUCGCUCGUUUGUCUUCACUGAGUAGGAGCCUGGAACAUGCUAUCACUGAGAUCUUAUUGAAAACGAAAAUACAAAUUUUAUUCUUUUUAUAUAUUUCAGAGUACAUUCCAUUACAAUUCCCAGUUCUGGAGCAACAGAAGUGCUUACAACCUUCCAGGAGGCAAGACUGGCUUUGACUUACAAGAGACAAUGUUACCGACCUACUGGAACACACCCUUCUCCAAGAUCUGCCUCGGUAUGAAGAUUGGUCAUCAGCUCAGGUUCAUUGUCAUCAACAGGCACGCCAACUCACUGUUCUCACUGAUCGCUGAUGGGAAAUACCGCGCCACCUCAUUGGGUCGUAACACGUGGAAGUGGCUGAUUGGUUCACGGGCCUCCUUGCAGCGCAACUGCAAUAAGGAAGGAUUCAAUGCAGUGGGAGACAGCCUUCGUCAUUCCAAAGCAAGAAUCGGCAUCAUGGCUAACGAGCAGAAUCACUGUGGUUCCUGUGACUCCCGAAUUGGUUUUGGCACAGGAGGUCGAUUUGAUGAUUCUAACACGUGCGGAAAUGAGGCAACGCACUCGCUAGAUAAUGGAGACAAGCACAUCAAAGCCAUGGGUUACAUCCUGGUACAGUGACAGGGGACACAGUUAACUUCCCAAAUUUUAAGCCGAGAAGCCAUAAUGAAGAAGAAAAUGUCGUAUCCUAAAGCUUAAAGGCUAAUAAAGCAAUGAGUUUAACCUUAUAUUCUCCUCUGGUUAGCUUUGUCUCUAGUAUAGUUUUUUCAAUGAAAUUCAAAGCAUUUCAUUUGUGCAAAGCCAAUUCAGGUUUUGUUAACGGAGUAAAUAUUGGCAAAGAGGCCAUAUUCAAUGUUUAUGAUACGUCCACGUCGUUAAGUGUGAGCGUAACAUAGAAAAGAAGGAGCACGGAAAAUGUGACUUCCUUAAUGUUUUUUUUUUAUUUUUACCGCUCGUGUUGUUCUUUACGCUCACCUCGCGCAUCUUUCUGCUCUUGUGAAAAACAUGAAAAAUUUCGCCAGUUCAAAAUAACUAGGAGCCCACGGGCGUUAACGAUUUUUAUAGAAAAUAAUUAGCUCAGAUAUGAGAACUAACAGAAUGCAAAAGUAAUACCCUCCCGAAGUAUUGCUUAUCUUUCUCGCUUUCACCAGAAUGACAGAAUUUUUAUGUAUUAUUUGUUCGAGACGUCAGUUUCUGAGUUAAAUGUGAUACUAAUAUUAACAAGAUGAUUAUUAGCUCACCAUUCGCACGGAUUUCUUUCCUGGAUAUUUCCAGAGGUCAUGACUUCCCUCACCAAAAUUUCAGAUAUCCUCCGUUAAAUUCGAAAAAUUGGCUUAAAAAGAUCAGUACGAUCUCAUCUCGUGAUGUCAUUGGCUUUUCUACUCGAGCCGCGUAAAUCGGUCCUGAUUGGUUUAAAGUUCAGGUAGGAAGAGAUAAAAUCAGGCUGUCAGGAAGUAACGGACAUUUAAAAAAGACGAUGAAGAAGAGUUCCCCACAAAACUACCUUUUUCUGUCUUUAAUUACACGUUUAGCUCGCGAUUUUUGGAUUUUAUGAUUCUAGGGAAACAAAGAUUACACUAACACCACUCUUAAGCCAAACUGUUCAUGGGAUAGUGUCUCCUCACGCCUUUUUUUGGUCUCUUUUCGCAGACGCACACUUGUGCUGAGAAAAAAAUGAGCACGAAAUCCAAAAAUUGCACUAUUUCAUCAUAGAACUAGCAUGAUGAAAGUUAGCCAUUGGUAUCCGUAUCCUCGACAGGCCACCAAAUUUGGCAAUUUCGUGAUGUUGUUUCAGAAGGAUGAUAAUUUUAUCUAUCACAACCUAUUAGAUCCCGUACAACCUUUUUUUGCCUUUCUUCUGUCCAUUGGGAACUGUAGCAAUUAAAUGAACGAACUCAUCUGGAAAAUUUUCAAUUUAUCAAUCGAUAUAUUAGGGAAGCAUGAUUGAAAACUGUUGCUCUUUCUUUUCUUUCAUUUCUGGGGUAAACUCUAACGCUAGUUCUCAGGCCCUUCCUAACAGUCUCCCGGUUACGACUCCGACAAUUCGGUAGGAUUUCAAUGGAACGUAAGCGACGGAGUCGUGAGAGGCAACGAUAUUUUUCUUCCGUUUCUUUGUUUUGAUUUUCACUUGAUCGUAUCGCUCUGCUCUUUUGAUUACGUCUGCAAUCGAAUGUAUAAUAAAACCUCUAGAAGUGUUGGUUUGAUACAGCCUUUGGAUCACAGAGGGCUCAAUCUUAAUAAACGCGGGGUGCUGACUACAGAUUCGUAUUACAAUAACAGUAACUGUCAAUCAAACACUACCUAUAAAAACAAAUUUUGUUAGUAAAAUGGUUUUGAAAUGGUUGAACCGUUUAAGCUCUCUUUUGCAACAUUUAUUUGAUUUAACAGCAAUCAAAACCGAAAUGAUAAUGAUGAUGAUGUGGAAGGUUUGGAUGCAGUGUUCAAGUUUUUACAAUAUGAUUCAUCAGAAUUCAUUUAUGUAUAGGCCUUUCCUGAUUAUGCUACUAAAUCUGGCAUUUCAUGCUCCUAAAAAUUCCGCUUUACACCAAAAAAAUGCUCAAAUUAUGCUCGAUUCUCGAAAUAGUGCUACUUUGGUGUCAGAAAAUGCUUUGUUUAAUUUCAAGCAAAACGUAGAAACUCAGGCAUCAUGUGUGUAUUAGCAACUGAAUAAAGUUAACAGUGUUUAACUGUUUGUUUAUAAAACUUCUGAUACAGUCAAAACUUGUCCAAUGAUAAACAGUUAACUAAUGUUCGAAGUCCUUAGCGCUUGUUGUACUGUGACAUGACGCUGGCUUGGAGGUAGUCAACAAGAGCACAAUUCUGUUGCUCGUUGAAGGGCGCCUUCAGUAUUGAAAAUACUCUUUCUGCCGUAGCAGACGAUGGUUGGACAAAAGAACUUGCUUCACUUCGGAAGCCCAACGAGGAAGUUGCUCCUCGAGCCCACACCACCAUUCGACUUUCUUCUCUUCUGUCGAGAUAACAACAUCUUCAGCGGCAGCCAAAUAGGCAGGAAGCUCAGCUUUGAGACCGUCGAUAGUAGUAUCACUAUCCAGGAAAGGAAAUGCUCUCAGAUACUCUACUAAUGCAUUUGUGGGCUUAAACCACUGGAUCCUAACGGGGCAGAAUAGUCUGGCAGCCUUGAAUACUACCACUACAUCAUAAAGAUCGACAUUGAACUUUCUCAGAAACCACGUAAUUGCCGGCUCAACACAAGCCUUCGCACUCCGUUCAAGUGCUGUUACGUUCUGACAUGGGUCUUCCUCCGCAGUUGCAGUUGCAGUUGCACGGACGUUUGGGAAACGAGGAGUUUGACAAAAUUGGGAAACGGUGCUUAGUUUCUCGUAGCAAGAAAAAACCAAAGGACCAUCCCCUUCCAAAAAAUACGUGGCUUUCACAAAAUGUUUGCCAAGCGGCAAGCUCAAGCUUCAAGUCCAUUAGUCGCUGUGGGUCAGAAAGUAUUGCUCGAAGUUGUGGUAGUAGUUGUGGGCAAACUUUUGUGUCUUUUGCCUCUUCUGAGAACCUUGUGACAUCUCCAAACUGCACCAUCAACGGAUGAUACAACUCCCAUUUGGACCACCAUCUGUUACAUCCUUCCAUAACAGCUUGGCUUUACAACCAUGGCGAAACAUUCUAAUCCAAAGGCUUCCGAACUCUACCAGUUUAGGAAUCACCAAAUGGUUUCCUACAUUUUCAAGCGUAUGGGAGAAGCACACGACAUUCAGCAUCUUAGGGAAUAUAAAUGCCAUUCUGUCUAGUGCUGCUUGGUUAAUGCUUGCACCGUCUCUCAUGGCUGUGAGCAAGGAAUUUGCUCUGACCCCAGAAUCAACAGACAGGUACUUAUUAAGAACUUGUGCUAGUCUGUUGGCAUUAACUGACUUAGAGCAAACAUCAAUUCUCACAAGCCGUUGGAUAAUGUUCCAGUUAUUGUCCACAAAACGAACUAUUAUAGCAAUUGCUUCCUCUUGUCUGGUGUUGCCGUCAAAAAUGACUGAAAGGUCCCUUGUCAUGCCAACUUGACCAGGCAUUUCCGAUUCUUGUUUAAUCCGUUCAAUUUCCUGUUUCAAAGCCAUGGAAACAUACUGUCCUAGAUGGGAGCUUCCAGCGAGUCGAUAGCUGUUCUUCUCCCAACAGAGACCGUAGCAUGUCUAUUUUACCAAUCGGGAUACCAGGAAAUAUGUAGAGAACAGUAUGGACAAUAUUCUCAUGCCGCCACAGAAACAAAACGUUACUGCGUAACAAUUGAAGUAUCAUCUUUAGGCAAAUUUAUAGAGUAUAUAAACGAUGGUACGAAUAUCCUUAACAAUAAAACCCCCUGAUAAGUGCGCAAUCACAAAACAGGCUUGUAGGGAUGAAAGUAUAGUCUCUCUGUUUUUUUCCACUAUCGCAACAUAUAUCGCGCUCUACUUCUACGUAUCAAGCACUGUAAACGGAAAAAUCAAUACACAGACUUCCUAUAUAUAUAUAUAUUUUUUUUUCCUUCUAAAUUUCUAAGACUCUUUUGACGCAAACCAAUGACGAUAAAAUGUUGAAAUUUUACGCGUGGAAAAGCAUUUGACGGAAGACGUUUUAUAAACUACAUGAUUCGCAUCUUUGAAGUCAUGUCAAUGGAUGUUUGUGACAGCAUGUGUUUGUGGAACCUGACUGUGUCAGCAUUAAUCUUGAUAAAUGAGUGAAGAAAGACAAAUAAGAAGGACCAUUAUUUUGAUCAUCCAGCUGACAUAGGUGUUGCAUCAUUAGCAAAUGCUCAUUUCAAGUGGAAAAAAGUUUCUGAAAUAUUCAUAACGAUUUGUCGUUAAGUGCUCCGGGUACUCUAGUUUUCAACAAUUUAUUUCAGGGAGGAAGACGAUUUUCAUCCAGUGAAUUGUUUUCGUGCUGGAAUAAGGGCCAAAGAUAUCAAAUUAAAACGAAAAACAGUAAGGAAACACCCAAGUCUCAUUGUUAAAGAAAAAACAGUGAGGAAACACCCAAGUCUCAUUGUUUAAAAAAAAAAAAACAGAAAUUUUUUACCAUAACAAAAACAAUUCAAAUAAGUUUUUCCACAUCAAUUUGCGCAUAAUUCCAGAAGUCAGUCGCGGAAACCUGGCGAUCCGCGCGAUGAAGAAGUCGAUUUUUAUCUUUUUUCUGUUACAUUUGUUCUUCAUGAUACUUGCUUAUGUCUCAUCACAAGGUUAGCCUCACCAUUGCUCAUUUAUGAUCGGGAAUAGAGAAAGGACAUUAGUCCAUCAUAAUCAUAGUAACCGUUUAACACCUACAUGUUAUAUGUUUAAAGGAAGUUUUGUUAUUCAUCUCCACAAUAGCAAAAAUGUUUAAAGAUAGCUUAACACUUUCUUAAACUUCUUAACCAAAUAAUUUACUGGUGAUGAAAAGAUACUUUCGCAGAUAGUUUGUUUGAGUACCUUUAUGUGAAUUUAAUUGCGGAUGGUUUUCAUUUCUCCUUUUUGUUUUGUUGUGGUUUUUUUCUUAAUUAAUUCUUUCUUUUAUCGAGCUCAUCAUCCAAGUUGAUAUAUUGUAAUAUUUCCUACCUCUCUAUCACUUCUUUAUCAAUUUAUUAAUUUUUUUGUAUUUUGUAUUCGAACAUGUAAAAAGUUCACGCUCGUAAAUUUUAUUGUCUUCUUAGUCUUUUGUUAUGCCGCUCAGUCUUCUUAUUUGUGUCGGCUGGAGUUGCCUUUGUGUUUAUUGCGCUGAUAAAGUUGGAUUUUUGCCCCAGUUGUGAUCUAAUCUUUCUCCAGUAAAUAACUCUCAACGUCAGGGAGUAUAUCGAUAAAUUUGCGAUUCCUGCUUGAUAUGUAGCUUUUGAGGAAUAAUUUAUUCGGAGGUAGAAGACGUUUUGCAAUAAAGAUCUUCUGCAAUGACAAGCUCUUUGCAAACGUUCUUUGUUCAUUGAUCUGGUUCAUUCAUGGAUUUCUUCAACGAUUCAGUCCACUUUACAAAUUCAAAUCGGCGAACUUUGUCUUUACUGAGAAAAUUUACUUUUUUUUAUUUUUGGGGAAUUUUCGAAUGGAAAAUCUACUUACUUAAAUAUGUGCAUUUUUUGUGGAAAUUAAUUGCCAUCUGCAAGUUUCCUGCGGAUGGCAGUAGGGAUAAUUGUCUGUAAUUUAUCUAGAAAGGUAUUCAUCUAGAAACUAAAAUAGAUGAUAAGAAAGGGAAGCAAAUGGAUGGAUGAAUUAAAAUGAAUAUAUUCAAACGGAGAAACUAUCAGUAAAUCCUCAAUUGUUAUCAUCAUUUUUACGUCCCUUAUGGUCAUUUUUUUUUUCUAGUGUUUUCCUUCUUUCAUGUUUUUUUAUAAAGGCUUUUGUGACGCAGACCAAUGCCGCGUGUUGGAGUUUACUCCUGAAAAAGCAUUUGACGGUAAACGUCUCAUAAACCACGUCAUUCGCAUCGUUGAAGUUCUGACAAUGAGUUUUUGUGACAACAUAUGUUAUAUGGAACCUGACUGUGUCAGCAUUAAUGUUAAUAAACGAGUGAGUAGUCAUGGACGCUACAAAUGUGAACUGAAUAAUGUUACUCACGAAAGACACGAACACGACUUGGAGAAGGAAGACGAUUAUUUUUAUCAUGCAGCUGAGGUGGGUGUUGCAUCACUAGCAAAUACUCAUUUCAAGUGAAAGAAAAAACUAGUUUCCGGUCGUAAUCGUUGUAAUUGUUGCUUGAAUUCUAAUAUCACUGUCAAUAUUUCUAUCUUUAGCAUUGUCAUUAUUGUUGGUUUAAAUGCUGCUCGUUUUCCUUUUUAUUCAUAUUUCAAUGUAUGAUAUUAUUUUCUCUUCAGAGCGCUUGUGUUGAUAACCCUUGCGAUAACAAUUCUACUUGUCAGAGCGGUUUUACUGACAAAGGAUAUCGCUGUUUGUGUACCACUGGAUUCAAAGGUCCAAGGUGUAAGAAAGGUAACUCCUGUCAUGUCAAACCGGCCGUAAGCUCGUGUUCACUACAGUUUUAUACACAACUUCUAAAGGCACCUGUAAAAGUUAAAAGGUCCGUUUUUUUUUUUAUAAACUGACACAAUAACCAUGCAGCUGUUAACUAACCCUUGUCUAGAGAGCUGCUUCAAAAUUGCAGGACUAUCAUGUCGGAUCUCACGUAGGUCUCAAUUUGUUUUUCACAUCUUAUUUUCACAUCUGCAAUGAUGACGUUCUAAUUAAGGAAGAUCAUUUUCAGAUAUCGAUGAGUGUGCUGCAGGAACACAAGACUGCAGUGAAAAUGCUGUUUGCAACAAUACCAAAGGUUCCUAUAAUUGUUCAUGUAAACCUGGAUAUUCUGGAGAUGGACGGACUUGCGAAGGUAAACGUGACCAAAGCCCUAAUUUUAUUUAACGAACAAGGGAAUGGAAACUGAAAACACAAAUUUCAAUCCUUAAAAUGAUAAAAUUGGUCAUGUGUUUAGGGGAUUUCCCUAUUGAAUUGGUUGCCACAAAUUUUACAGAUGUAAACGAAUGUGCUGACGGAACAACCAAUUGCAGUGCUGAUGCUGUGUGUAUCAAUACCAAAGGAUCAUAUCGCUGCAAAUGCAAAACUGGAUCUACUGGGGAUGGACGGACUUGCAAAGGUAAAACAGAGCCUAUAGUUUCUGAGUCUAAUGUUAAUCAAUUAGAUACUGAGAAAUGUAAAUAUAUGUUGUUUCUUAUUGAUAUCAUCAAGCAAAGCGGCGGACAAUUUUGUAUUUUUAAAAGUAAUGUACUUUAUAAAAAUAGUGAAUUUGAAAGACGGACAACUUCUGUUGCUCAAUAAUCCAUACCCAAAUGGUAUGAUGUUACUCUUGCAUGGCCAAGAGAACUGCAGAAAAAUUGCAAGACUCUUAAGACAUCGGAUCCAACUGGAGUCUCCAGUUGCUGUCUACACUUUAUUUUUAAAACUGCGUUAGUUUUAAAAUAAAUAGCAGUGAUGAUGUUCUAAUUAAAGGAGAGUCUUUUUAGAUAUCGACGAGUGUGCUACAGGAAAAACCAACUGCAGUGCUGAUGCUGUGUGCAAGAAUACUAAGGGAUCGUACAACUGUACAUGCAAAAAAGGAUACUAUGGAGAUGGAAAUAUCUGCCGCUUGGGUAACAUUUCUCCGGCUUUAUUUUUUAAGCUAGUUUUUGCACUGUUUCUGUCUGUUUAGACUACUGCAACGAGAAUUUCGUUUAUAAUAAUUAUUUAUAUCGAGAUAUAGAUAUAUAGUAAAUGGAUAAAAACUUCGAUAAAUGCCUCGUUAGAAAUUAUUAAGAAUUCAAACUAAAAACAAGCUAACUUAUUGAUGGACGUGAAAAUGUUUGCCUGCUUAGAUAGCAGUCUCAUGGUGUGUAUUUAAAGCGUCGAGCGGCUUGAGUAAAAACGGCGAGGCUGCGAGGGGUUUGGGAUGCUGCUUAAAUUCGCGGCUCCGCUGCUUUUAUUCUUAUCUAGCGCAUUCGACACCGCUAACAAUGCAAGUUACGAAAACACUAGUGACCAAGAACAUUGUGUAUUUCCUAUUCCACAUGUCAAUUUUCCCUUUGAGACCAUUUUAAACCUCCAUCCCAUCUUUUUUUUUAAAGGGUUUAUUGCUGUUUAUAUGCCUUUCCUUUUUUUCAGCUUUGACGUGUAAGGAAAUUUUCGACCGGAAUGUGUAAGUCAAUUAUUCACUAAGAACAAAGCUAGCGCGGAAUUUAAUGAGAGAAUAUGAAAAUAACAGUAGUUCUAAUAAUGAUAAUUCUGAAAAUGAUACUGCGCUAAGCAUAGCAACCUUCAUAAUAAACUUGCACACUAGCUUCCAUCUUGAAAACUUUCGCCUCAUCGAAAAGAACUUUGUGUCAUUUACUAAAUAUAUGGAAGCCAUGGCCCUCAUCAAGUUUCAACUGAAUCUCUCUAUUUAGGAAGAUUCUUUAUUUAGUAGAUCGAAAAAGAGUGGCGAGGUUACCCUCCACUUAGACUCAAAGCCAAUGUCUGUUUUCUCUCACACGGGAGACUUUGGAUGCGGAAAUGAAGGACGGACGCCGAUCAUGAAGACUAAUCGCAAUAAGGUAACAAUUUAUUUGCGAAUGAAUUCACUGUUGAUACAGGACAGUGGAGAUAAACCACAAAGGGGAUUAGCAAAAUCUGCGGCUGUUUCCCUGAAAAACGUCAACGGUCGUCAAGAGUCGCUGACCUUUCAGGUUUGAGUUGCUUCUACAUCCGCUCCUCUAUGACAGUAUACAUAAUGGCGUCAUCCUUUAGCUGCGUUGGGGCCACUAAAUUCUUCGCAAGCUGGUAAUUUUCUGCUGAAAGAUUUGUUAAAAGUACGGCCUUCGUUUUAGCCUCCGUGAUUCCAUUUACGAGAAAAUAAAAACCCAACUGUUCGGUGUAUAACUCUCAGUCCCUUCCCACCACCUAAUUUGUCACUUUCCGAUGGCUUGACUCGUGUUGACGUUCGACGCUUCCUUCGGCAUUUCCUGUCGUGCCUUCGUCAACUUCAGACGUGAUUCGUGUUUACUGCUUGUGCUUGGCCAAAAAAAGACCCCAUCCACGUCGCCAGCUUUGAUGUAUUAGUCCAAGGUCCAGAAAACAAGACAAUAUUAGUGAGACAAGAUCUGCCAAAAACUUCAACCACAUGGUCAAAUCCAAAUAUGGAAAACUGGUCGCGUGACAUUGGGUAUCAUAAGGAAAAAUCCAAACGGAAAGAUUUAACAAUUCUAGUAUCAAUGGACUUUUCUAGCUUGUAAACAAAUAUACCUCAAGAAGAAGGAACGAACAUAGUAUGUGAAGCAUACGAAAAGUUCCACAACCAUAAUGCACCGAUCCCAACGCACUAUCUCAGGGAAAUGUUUGGCUUAAUACUUAGAGAAAAUUCGGUUUAAUUCAAUGAGAAGAACUUCCUCGAAACACAUGGCAUUGCUAUAGGUACGAAAAUGGCAGUGUCAUUAGCUAAUAUUUUCAUGGCGUUAAUUGAAAGGAAAUUAAUCCAACAAAGUGAAACUAAGCAUAGAGAAUGGAAAUGUUGUAUAGAUGACGUUUUGUUUUCUCUCUCUCUCGCUGACCGAGACCUUUUUUAAUUUGCGCACUUUGCCUCGUGCCACCGACCAGACGUAAAAUAUGGUAUCAAGAAAGGCGAAACAAUAACAUGGCCUGGAACUAAUUCUUCGAAAGAAACAUUUGAGGAGGACCUUUGGAAAUUUAAACAACGCCUCAAAGCAAGAGGGUACCCAGAAAACAUCAUAGAAUAGUCUCUCUCAGGGGUCAGCUUUGCCUCUAGACAAUCGUUUCUUGCACAUACACAAAAGCUAAAAGGUCACCAACAUUUAUUACGGAGGGGGACAGGGGGGCGGGAGAGGGCAGGACGCGGGAGAACAGGGGGCGGGAAGCGGGAGCAGAAAUAAAGAAAGCGAUAGUUUGUUGUUUAUUACUUGGUAUUAUUUAAUCAAAAACACUCGUCUAUUAAAGUUUUGAAAUUUCCAUUUAAUAUCCACCAAAGGCCAGAAAAUGAACAAGAAUGUUAAGUUUUGGCACAGUUUGAAAAUUAAACCCGGGUUUUUGAUCCUCUUGAUUAACCUGAAGAUGGGAGCAACACAAUGAAGGGUGAGAGUCGGGAGAUAAAGGGGCAUAAAAGUACGGAAGGUGGGAGAACAUGGUACGGGAAGAGGGAGACUCUGACCCCCCUGUACCCCCCUCCUCCACUAAAUUGUCUUUUGUCACAACGUACCACCUGGCAGUUAAAAACUUAAAACAAAUACUGAUGGAGCAUUGGAGUCUAAUACGCAAUCAGCUCUUGCUGAAAACAGGUUUUCAAAACAUCCAAUCAUCUCUUACAAAAAGGGAGCAUCCCUUAAGGACACGCUUGUGAAAGUAAAAACAUAAUUUGGAGGCGAUUAUGCGACGCGACUACAAAAGCCACAUGGGGAGUCCGUGCCGGUCUCUCUAUCCCUUAUCAGAUUUCAAGAAAGUAAGCAAGAUUUGAUUGAUUCAUCUUUGCUUAAAAAGCGGGAGACUGGUUCAAGUUAAAAUCGAUGACAAGUCGAUUCUAGCACUAACGAUUGCGUUUCAUCACUAGCGAUUGAUAUUUUAGCACGAACAAUUGAGUUUAUCACUAGAGAUUGAUAUUUUAGCCCUAACAAUUGAGUUUGUUACUAGUGAUGGAUAUUUUGGCACAAAUGGCUACCCAUAGGUUGAUUCAAUUGUUUUUAAUUCCUCUUUUUUAAGGUCGCAACGAAGCCAAGUAUACCAACUGAUGUUUGGUUCACAAACGAUUCCUGUUUUCUGUCACAUGGAAAUCUUUGGAUGUGGGGAUGGAGGAUGGACGCUGGCCAUGAAGAUUGCCGGCACGCAGGUUAACUCCCUGUCUCCUUUGAUAUUAUUGAAAUGAACAUAGGCAAAUCAAAAAUGCAAUUCUUGUCUUUCAGAGAACUUUCCAUUACGAUUCCCAAUUCUGGAGCAACAGAAAUGCCUAUAACUUUGCUGGAGGCAAGACUGGCUUUGAUUCCCAAGAGACCAAGUUACCAACCUACUGGAGCACACCCUUCUCCAAGAUCUGCCUCGGUAUGAAGAUUGGUCAUCAGCUCGGGUUCAUUGUCAUCAACAGGCACGCCAACUCACUGUACUCACUGAUCGCUGAUGGGAAAUACCGUGCCACCUCACUGGGUCGUAACACGUGGAAGUCGCUGGUUGGUCCACAGGCUUCCUUGCAGCUCAACUGCAGUAAGGAAGGAUUCAAUGCAGUGGGAGACAGCCCUAUUUUUUCCAAAGCAAGAAUCGGCAUCACCGCUAACCAGCAGAAUGACUGUUCCUCCUGUAACUCACGAAUUGGUUUUGGCACAGGAGGUCUAUAUGAUGAUUCCAACACGUGUGGAAAUGAGGCAACGCACUCACCAGAUAAUGGAAACAAGCACAUCAAAGCCAUGGGUUACAUCCUAGUACAGUGACAGGAAACCCAGCUCAACUUCCCAAAUUUUAAGCCAAGAAACCAUCAUGAAGAAGAAAAUGUAGUGUCCUAAAACCUUAAAGGCUAAUAAAGCAACGAGUUUAACCUUAUAUUCUUCUCUGGUUAGCUUUGUCUCUAAUAUAAUUUUUUCAAUGAAAUUCAGAGCAUUUCAUAUGCGCAAAGCUAAUUCAGGAUUUGUUGACGAAGUAAAUAUUGGCAAAGAAGCCAUAUUCGAUGUUUAUGACACGUCCACGUCGUUAAGUGUGAGCGAAUCAAGGAAGUGUAACACAGAAAAGAAGAAAAUGUGACUUCUUUUAUGUUCUUUUUGUUUUUUUCUUUCCCACGCGUAUUGUUCUUUACGCUCGCCUCGUGCAUCUUUCAGCUCGAGUGAAAAACAUGAAAAAGGACGCCAGUUCUACAAAGUAACUAGGAACCCACGGGCGUUAACAAUUUUUGUUGUAAAUAAUUAGCUCAGAUAUGAGAACUAACAGAAUGCAAAAGUAAUACCCUCCCGAAGUAUUGCUUGCCUUUCUCGCUUUCACCAGAAAUGACGGAAUUUUUGUGUACCAUUUGUUCCAGACGUCAUUCUCUAAGUUAAAAUACGAUACUAAUAUUAACAAGAUGAUUAUUAGCUCACCAUUCGAACGGAUUUCUUUCCGGAAUGUUUCCCGAGGUCAUGACAGAUAUUCUUCGUUAAAUUCGAAAAGUUGACCUAAAAGGAUCGGUAUGAUCUCAUCUCGUGAUGUCACCGGUUUUUCCACUCGAGCUGCGUAAAUCGGUCCUAUUUGGUUUAAAGUUCAGAUAGGAAGAGAUAAAAUCAGGAAUUAAUGAUCAUUUUAAAACUCGAUGAAGAAGAGUGCCCCACCAAACUAUCUUUUUAUGUCUUUAGUUACACUUUUAGCUCGCGAUUUUUAGAUUUUACGAUUCUAUGGAAACAGAGGUUACACCAACACCACUCUUCGGCUAAACUGUUCAUGGGAUGGUGUCUCCUCACACCUUUUCAGGUGUCUCUUUUCGCAGACGCAGAUGUCUGAUGAUACAAAAAAAAAAAGGGAAUCAAAAAUUGCAAUAUUCAUCAUAGAACUAGCUUGAUGAAGUUAGUCAUUGGUAUCCUUAUCCUCGACAGGCCACCAAAUUUGGCAAUUUCGUGACCUUGUUUCAAAAGGAUGGUAACUUUAUCUAUCAGAACCUAUUUGAUCCCGUACAACCAUUUUUUGCCUUUCUUCAGUCUUUUGGUAGCUACUGCUACCGUACCGAGGCUUAGUAUAGCACUUCGUUUUACUGGCAGAACGCUUAGAAAAGGAUAGUGAUACUAGACCGCUACAUUAUUCUGAUCUUUAUCUGGAUGAACAUUAUUAUAUGCUGUUUGCAGAAAAUUCCAAGAUCUGUCUGAACUCGGAAAGUUAGUAGCGUGGCAAACUUAGAAUGGAGCGAAACUCUCAGAUACGCGGAAAGGAGAUCAUACAGAAAACAUUAUCACCCCUGAAUCAAACAUUGUAAUAAACAACUCAGGAAAAUCUUAAUUAUUAAAUUUACCCGACAUCUCCAUAGGAAACGUAAACAGAAAAGUUUGGAGAACAUGAGUAUUUACGUUUGGGUGCAAAGUGUUAAUUAAUUCAGAGAACCAGUUUACUUUUUCUUUUGCUAUUUUGGUUAAGAAAUUUUAUCUUCAGGAAAGAUGGAUUUGUUUUCCAUGUUAGAAUGAAAAGUUGAAAAUCUCAGAACUUGAGACAACUUCGUUGAGGGGCAAAUGCUUGAAGCUUAACCCUUUAACCCCUUAGAGUGAUUAGCAUCUAAUUUCUCCUCACGAUAUCACCCCUGUAUCACACAUCAAGGUCAUGAGAAUAAAGGAAAUGAUCACCAACUAAAGAAGCUCUUGAUUGUUAAACAAAUUCUCCUUGUCAGCACUUCAGGAAAUAUAUAGAGAACAGUAUGGAGAAUAUUAAUACUGAUGUUGGGGUGUAAAGGGUUAAUUUCUAUCCUGUUUUAAAAGCAACAUUCCUUGUCAACAAAAUUAAAUUAUUAUAUGCUUCGACGAUGCAGACAGUCGCGAUAAACAAAUCGCGGAAGUUGUUUAAAGCAUGAAAAGGUACUGGAUAGGUUAUCGAGCAGUGAGACUCUCAAAAGAUCUGUUAGACGCUCUAAAAAAUGACGCUAAUGUUAUGUUAAACAACCUCGGUGACUGUAUGGUGGCCAAUUUACAUCGCCUACUCAAUUUAUAAAACCAAAUGAUCUUGUAACACCCCCCACCGACGCGAAGCACCAGCGUGUCUAAAUUUGAUUCAUAAAUCGGUUGAACUUCAUUAAGGAAUAGGUUAUACUUCACUUUUUGGAUUGGCCUUGAAAAUGCGAAAUAAAGGGAUGGAAAAUUCAGGUUUACAAUACUACAGCCCUCCACAAGCUUAUCGCAGUCCUUAGCGUUUUACUUGCUCCGAAAUAAAUGAACAAAGAUAAAACAAUGAGGAUCUCAGUUGAUUGAAUGGGCAUUCAUGCAUGGAAAAUCGUCAGUUCGUUAAAUAAACAUAGAAAAUUGAUUUUAUAAAAUCGAACUAUCGCUGCUCUCAAAUUGGCCCUUCAUUUUUCAACUGAUAAACAGCAAUAUUGCUAAUGGAUUUUCAAAGUGUAUUAUAAUUUCUUUACAGGACACUGUACGCAAACGAUAAAAGUAAAAAAAAAAUUAUUUAAGUAGCAACUUGUCGAUUAGACGUCGUAGAAAGCAAGCAAGAAAAUACGAGUUGUGUUAAACAAUGAUAACAAAUAGUAACGAUUUAAAAUCAUUACAAUCAUUUUUCCACUGGUUCAGCAACACAGAAAAUAUUUUCCAACAUCGAUCAUUUUUCAAGAUGCGCUUACUAUUUGCAAUUUAUUUCAUUGUAAAUGUUCUCGCGUUGUUAGUUGUUUUGGUCCGCGCCAGACAACAAUCCUGUACCACCAAUCAUUGCGGCGAGAUCAGCAAAGACAUUAAGACGCUUCAUACCGAAGUUAAAAAUCUUAUUGCGCUGGUAAAGGACGCUUUGCGCUCGAAGCUUAAAGGUACCUUUCCGGAUAAUAUAUAUAGGUGCUUCUUUCAAUGUUGUUAUUUUUCAAGUGUUCUCAAUGCGCUGAGAUUUUCAAAUCGCAUUGUUAUCUUCCUCACAGUCUAUCCCUUCUCUUCUUGCAAGGAGCAGUACGACUUAGGAAAGUAAGUACAAAGUAGACUGUUUUAGUCGCAAGAUUCCAAACAGAACGCUCGCUUGAUGUAAUUACAGUCAAAGGACACUGCGCUUGUUUACAAGAUGACUCUUUCCGAUAUAUGACUUUUUUUUCCAUAAGGUCGAGACGAAGUCAAAUAUACCGGCUGAUGUUUGGUUCACAGAAGAUUCCUGUCUUCUGUCACAUGGAAAACUUUGGGUGUGGAGGUGGAGGAUGGACGCUGGCCAUGAAGAUAAACGGCGCUAAGGAAAAAUCCCUGCCUUCUAAAACCCCUUGAUAUUGCUGAAAUUAAAAAAAAAAAAAAAAAGGAAACAAAAAAUUGAAAGCUGAGUUUCUUGUCUUUUAGAGAACCUUCCAUUACGAUUCCCACUUCUGGAGCAACAGAAAUGUCUAUCAUCUUACUGGAGGUAAGACUGGCUUUGACUCACAGGAGACCAAAUUACCAACCUACUAG